UCGCCUGUAUGAGUUCCUGUAUGCCGAAACAAAUUUCCCUUAUUAGUGAAGCCUUUUCCACAAGUCAAACAUGAGAAUGGCCUCUCAGCUGAAUGAGUUUUCAUGUGCUUUGACAAAUUUCCUCUAUCACUACAACGUUUUCCACAAGUCAAACAUGAGAAAGGCCUUUCACCCGUGUGAGUUCUAAUGUGGAUUUUUAACUUACUUCCAGUAAUAAAACUUUUCCACAGGUAGCACAUGAAAAAAGCCUCUCACCUGUGUGAAUUCUCAUGUGUUCUGUCAAAUAAGACCGUGCAAAUAACUUACCACAAACUUUACAAGAAGACAAAUUAUCAUUCAUGUUUGUUUUCGUCAAUCGUUUUGUGUUUGGAUUGCCUACAUUGUCAUGUUGAUGUAUGGUUUUCUGAAACCUCUCACUUUGAUUCAGUUCUUCAUCAUUGCCCAUCUUAUGAUUUUCGUUCUCAGGUUCUAAAGAUAUCUCGAGAAGAAGCUCCCUGUUCGAAACUGGAUUCCAGAGGUCCCUUUCCUCAUUAGUGGUAUUUACAGUACAGGAAUCAGUCAGCUGUUUUAGUUCUAGCCGCUCUUUCUUUAGAGCUGUACCGAGUUCCUCCUGUUCUUCUUUUAUCUGUGGAGGUUCAGGCUCUGCUCUCUCCUCUUUUGUUUGUUGAAGUUCCAUUUCUUCUUGUUUGGCCUUUAUCUGCAAAGGUUCUGGUUCCUCUUUUACCUGCUGAAGUUCUAUUUCUUCUUGUUCAUCCUUUAUUUGUGAUCCUAGUUUUUUUAGCUCAUCUUUAAUGAAAAGAGGCUCUGGUUCUCCACAAUUUUCUUUAAUUUGCAGAGAUUCUAAUGUUUCCUUUUCGACUUUUACCCAUGCAGGUUGUGCUUUGCAGUGGUUCUCCAUAUUUUGCUGAAGUCCUGGUCUGGUUUGGGAGUUUCUUGUCUGGUUGUAGAACUGGUGGUCAGUGGGAAGUUUGCUUUAUUUUCAGGCACUGCCCUGAGGGAGGUCUGGACAAGAAAAAUAAUAAAAAGUAAUGAUUAAUGUGAUUGUAAGAAAAACAUAAUUAUUUUCUAGAAAAAAAAAAGAUAAUUUGGAAGCCACCAAAUCUUCAAAAUGUCAAGUAAGCAAUGCAUACAUACAUGACUACAUCUUCAGAAAUAAAAAUCAGAAGCAUGAGAUAUCCAUUUUUGGCAAACAUCUUCUAAUGCUACGAACUCAAGCUUGUGGAUUAUAGUUCUUCACCUGGGCUUAAUUUUAAAUGUGAAGGAUAAGUUAAUCCUUUCUUUUUAAACACUUGGUUAAGUGGUUUUGUGUGACUCGUACCACAGUAGCAGGUGAUCUCUUCUUGGCCAGGAUGAUAAUCCAGUUUAAUGUUGCCAAACAAUAUUGCAAAUGAAAAACCUAACCUCAGUGAAAUCCACUCAUAAAUAACUCUUGCUAAGAAAGCUGGCUUAGUUGUGGUGAAGCAUUUAGUUUAAGACAUUCAGAACGGUUUAAUCCUUAAAAAGUUUGUUUCAUUUCUUUUGUCUUGAGAAGCUUGAAGUUAAACAUUUUCUUCAAUGAAGUGCUUUCAACAACUUUUUAGUCAUCUAUAUUUCUAGGACACUUCUGCUUCAAAUGAAACAUUUUGUUCAUUAGACAGUGAAUUAAUCGUUUAGACGUAAACAUUACCUUUAUGGACAGCGACUUGAAGAAGAAAAAAAAAAGGUUAAGCUGAAAAAGGUUAAGCCCUGUCGGCGGCUGUUUCAGAUAAGUGGCUCCAAAACUUUGCUGUCCACACGGGAAAUGGAAAUGUUCGCGUGGACACCGCAGCCGCCAUGUUUGUUGUUGUUAUUGUCGUUCAUUACCUUCUUCCAUCUACUGGCGCGUGCCAGUAGAGGGGCCGGGCCAAUUGUGCGCAUGCGCGGGCCCGGGCCAAUUGUGCGAAUGCGCGGGCCCGGGGCGGUUGUGCGCAUGCGCGGGGCCGGGGUGGUUGUCCGCAUGCGCGGGGCCGGGGUGGUUGUGCGCAUGCGUUUUAUAAAGCGGAUGUGGGGUUGGACAACUUCCGGUGGCUAUAGCGUUAGCAUUAAAAGGCUAUGAAAAUGGCUCAGUCUCGGCGCAGUUGUUUUUGUUCAGUUCCUGGUUGUUCAUGUGGGGCAAGAAAACAGCCUUAUCUGUCAUAUCAUGCGUUCCCGACGGACCCGGACCAACGGAGGCAGUGGAUCCAGGCGAUCCGAAGAGAUGAAUGUCCGGACUUUUGCAUAAAGACGGGGAGCACUUUCGUAUGUAGCCGCGACUUCACACCGGAGGAUUUGGUUAGCGGAUCCACCACCAGCAGCCUUAAAAGUGGAGCUGUUCCUUCCCUGUUUUACUGGAAUAACUUUGACAUCGAUAACUUUAACAGCUGACAUCGAUCCAGUUGUGUCUCACCAGUGCUGCCGCUUUCUCCAGCCCUUUUUGUGGAGUCCAUGGACAGGACUGCCAGGGCUGCUCUUCUGAAGCUCUGUGUUGUGCAGCUUAAGAGAAGCUGGCAGUGCAUGAAACCUCUGCCUGUUCUGGGACAUAUGACUGGAUCACACUGCACAAAGAAGGAUAUUCAGAAGAAUAUCAGCAGCUCCUCUUCUGCACCUGUUCCAGUCAGCUCUUCUUCUCCAGUCUUUACUGAGCUCCAUCCUCUCAUGGCUAACUCUGAGAACAACCCCUCCCAGGAAGACAGGGUGGAGAGGCGGACAUGCCUGCACAGGGCUUGGACCCGCUUCCUCAAGGGGGUGUCCUAUUUCUCAGGAGACAUGGAGGUGUUUGGGAAAUGGAUGGAGAAACAGUUUUUUUUGCUGCAGCUCCUGGACUGGGUUCUGCGCGGAGCUGCCCAGGUGAUGUUUGUUAACAACCCUCUGAGUGGCCUGGUCAUUUUUGCUGGCCUCAUCCUGCAAAAUUAUUGGUGGGCCCUCAACGGUUUCGUGGGGACACUCUUUGCAACAAUUUCUGCUCUCAUUCUGCAACAAAGCAGAGCUGCAAUAGCUGCAGGACUUUAUGGCUACAACGGCAUCCUGGUGGGUCUCCUGAUGGCUGUGUUCUCCAACGCAGGCGACUGGUACUGGUGGCUUCUGCUGCCCAACGUCUUCAUGUCCAUGAUGUGCCCGAUUGUGUCCAGUGCCCUGGCAUCUAUCAACACCCGCUGGGAUCUGCCGGUGUUCACGCUGCCAUUCAACAUCCUGGUGUGUCUCCACAUGGUCGCCACGGGCCACUAUAACCACCAUUUCCCCCAAGUCCUCAUCCAGCCACGCUCAGAGCUGCCCAACAUCACCUGGUCUGAAAUCGACGUGGCAAAGCUGUUCAGGUCCAUACCAGUGGGAAUAGGACAGGUGUAUGGCUGUGACAACCCUUGGACAGGGGGGAUCUUCAUCAUCUCUCUCUUCAUCUCUUCACCCAUCACCUGUGUCCAUGCUGUCCUGGGAUCUGCUGUGGGAAUGGUGUCAGGUCUGGCUUUAUCAGCUCCUUUUGAAGACAUUUACUUUGGUCUCUGGGGAUACAACUGCGUCUUAGCCUGCAUCGCUGUAGGAGGGAUGUUUUACGCUCUCACCUGGCAGGUGCACCUGCUUGCCAUCACAUGUGCUUUUUUCUGCGCGUACCUGGGCUCAGCCAUCGCCAACGUCAUGUCCACGUUUGGUCUGCCGGCAUGCACCUGGCCUUUCUGCCUGUCUGCCCUCACCUUCCUCCUCCUGACGACGGGGACCAAGAGGAUAUUCAAGCUCCCGCUGGCCAACGUCACCUACCCUGAGAAAAACCUGGCUUUCUACUGGAGGCUGAAGAAGCAGGAGAAGGCAGAGAAGGCAGCGAAAGAGAGUCAAGAGCAGCUGAACGCUGAGAUAACCCUGAAUGAGAAAGAGCAAUUAAGACUGGAACUUCAACGAAUAGAGGAGGGGAGACAAGAAAGUGAAAACGACAAGAGGACUGAAGAGGAUGAGAGCGUUAAUGUGGAAGAAACAAACGGAGAGGAUGAUUCCAUCGACGUUGUUGAUGCUGACUAUGUCUAAACAAUGUACUUGGAAAUAGUGAAGAUGUGAAAAUAAGGAGUGACACUGAAAUGUUUGAAUGAUGUGAAUAUAUGUAGUUGUAAAUAUAUAUACAUACAUAUAUAUAUAUUUUAUUAUUCUGCUGUCAAUAUUUAUAUUCUUUUUAGGAGUCAUGUUCAGUUUAGCAACUAGUACUUCUUCUAUACACUUGUCUUAAUGUGGGAGCUAGGCUUUUGUUUGCAGUGUAAUUUUUUUUGUGAACAAUAAAUCUUGGUGUUUUCAAAAACAGGGAAAGUCUGUCCGCAAGAUAACAAGCUGUUCACUCCACUAACCUGGUCUUUGUGGACGAGUGGUUCAAGAAAAGUUUUGUUUACGGAGCCAGAAAAACAUACAAACUCUGUGGCUGAAAUACAAAAUGUUAAGGAUGUAGGAAAAAUAACGUCUACUGUCAUGAACGUACCAUCCCACUGAUAUUUUCACCACCGUUCUGGUGAAAAACUAUUAGAGGCUGCAAAAAACUUAAGAUUAGGGGGAAGGUUCACUGUUCAGCAGUACAGUGACUAAAUAUACAGUCAGAACUCACCAGCCACUUUAUUAGGUCCAACUUCUCAUUAAUACAAAUCAACUAAAUGUCAAAUCAAUCAAUUGUAUGGCAGCAACUGAAUGCAUUUAGGGGUGUAGACAUGGCUGAGAUUAUCUGCUGUAGCUCAAAGCAGCAGCAGAUAAUCAAGUGACUUUGAACGUGUCAUGGUUGUUGGUACCAGAACUUUAAAUAUUUAAAUGUCUGUACUUCCUCAUCAAAUUUCUAUCACACCUGAAUCACAAGAAUAUGUAAAUAAUUAUGACGCUGCUCAGCACAACGAAGCAGAUUUAUUCGUUUACUAAUCUGGCUUAGCGGACUUGCACAAUGAGCCUGAGAGUUUCCAGAGAAUGUGAUUUAAAUGGUCAGAGAACGGGAUUAAAUAUAAAUCCUGAAAUAAAAACAAUAAAAAACUUACUCCAAAUUUGUUUCUCAAGCCCCGUUAGUGUUUUCAUUGUCUUAAUCAAAGAAUGUUUGUAUUACAGCAAGACACAAUUAAUAGAUUCCUGAUACUCUUGGAUUAACUUGUUGGACGUUUAAAGGUAUUUUUUUUAAACUUUAACAUCAGUAAUAUAUAAUUUAUAUUUUAUGUGACAGACACUCAUCAAAGUUCUGCCCAAUCCUGAGGUAGAAAGACAACUAUUAUUUUUAAAUUAUUGUUUUACUGCCUGUAAAGCUCUUGCUGCAAGUCUUUGGAGUUAUGUCUCUUCCAGGUCUGCACAUAUUUUUAAAUAAUGUGUGGGUGAUCACAUAACCUAGAAUCUCUUCUACUUUGUUAGUUUUGCUCAUAUAAAAUUAAUUUUCUCAUUGCUGAAUUUGAAAAUCAAAUAAAAAACUUUCCACUUCAACUGUGUUUAUAAUUGUGGUCAACUUUGACCCUUUUGCUCCCAUCAAGUCAGAGCAAACUGGAUUUGGCU